GCCUUUCACCCUGAUUUGUUUGAAGGAGCUCCUUACGAGCGGCACUGGUCCCGAAGCAGGAGAGACAGCAUCUCAUGCGCAGACCUAAACCCCCAUUGAGCUCAGGAUCGACAGUACUGUGAGAUGGAGAAGCUCCUUGAUUUACCCCCCGAACUCCUGGAUCAGAUCUUACUCGAGCUCGACGCCCUGGACGUAGCCAGUGUUGCUCAGACUUGCUCGGAGUUGCGCAGCUACAUCGAUGAUCCCGAGCAGCGUCUCUGGCGCAAAUUAUACCUCACCGAGUGUCUAGACGAUCCACGCCAGCGCCGCACCAACCUCGGCCAGCCUCUCCCGCCAGAAAUAAACUGGAAGACACAGCUGUUGCGCUCAGUAAGAGCACGGACAUUCCUCACUGAUCCCGACAAGUGCAAUCCAGAAGAACGCUUCAAACUCAUGCAGAUCGUGCUCGAGAUGUGCACGAAGAUGCCGUCGACGCCCGGCCUGCUCAGCGAUGACGUCUCUCUGAACCUGGUCUGGCUCGCCGCAUACUUUCACGGUGGAAAUUUCCUCGAGCAUGGCGACUGGGAUGCGGCAUCCGAGGAGGAGCGCCAGCUGCGCGCGCGGCUGCACACUUACUUCGGGCUGACGGUGCGCGAUGCGGCGCCGGAGCGGCGUACAGCGGCGCGCGCGUACGUGUACACGAUGCGGCGGUACAAAUGGGAUAACGAGUUCGGCCCGUUCAUGAUGGACGCGAGCGGAUGCGUCAACUGGGAGCACAUGCAGGCAAUCCAUCACAUAAUGUCCAUGCACGUUGUCCGCCCCGAGGACCUUGAGCAGCUCAACGAGGGCACGUUCGUCAUCUAUCCCAUGAGCCUGCCAUUCUGUCAGAGCGUCAUCUCCGCGGAGUUGGAUCUGGACAAGGAGAAGGACUGGGCGGGCAUUGCGGGCAAGUGGCAAUAUUCGUUCUGUUUCUGCGACCAUCGCGAGCUUCUCGUGUAUAACAACCUCAAUAUCUCGCCAAACGUGCCGCUGCAUCCGGCUAUCUUCGAGGCGCCCGACUUCCAAGAGAUUUUCAGGACGAUCGACGUGGAUAUGCGCGUGAUAUCAUUCGAAACCGACGCACUGCAUUGGAAGCGUCCGAAGAUCAACUUUGCAGGUGCCAUUGAGGGCGGAGCGACAAUGAUUGGCUGGGUAAGGGUGACGCCGGACGACCAGAUACGUUGGCAUUUUGUCUCCGGAGAGGAAGGCAACGCUAUAUGGAGCUCGGAGGGAGUGCAAGUCGGCGGAGUAAGAUCAAGUUUCGGGGUCUUGGGUACGUGGACGACUGUAGAUCACGCCGUUCACGACCCUGUUGGACCAUUUUGGUUGAGGAAGCUGCAGCCGGAUGAGUUAACUGAUGCAACGUCUGAAUGAAGUGAACUGUAAGGAUGGUUUGUGCUUUCGCUCAAUCUAUGUGCUUGUUUGCUGCUGUCAGCCCUUCUGUGCCCGAACAGCGUGCGCGCCGCUAAUAUGCCUCCAGCGAUCGCACGAUGGAGUGAUCAAUUCCUGAAUAAGAUCUUUGCCUCAUUCUGACAGUCUAAUAUCGCAGCGGCCGGCAUUUAUGGUACACAAACGCGUUGGAAUGAUGAUGCCUCGCGAUUCUACUACGCGAUAGAUUCAUAGAUCAACCCUGCUAAAGCAGUACACGGC